AUGGUACCAACUAAAGGAUCUGACCAAGGGGAGGAAGUAUCGAAUGGCGAUUCAGCAAGACUUUCUGCUUCCGAUUCUCACAGGAAUGAGAGUCUGUCGAGCGAAGAAGUGGUGAAGAAGAUAUGCUUCUCGAGCGGAUGCGACGUUGGCUCUCAUCCCAUCUCCGGAGAUGUUGCCGUGCCCGAUCAGGAAUAUCUCGACCAGCUCAUUCGAGACAAGGGCGACCUGCGUUCAGUGCAUGCGGCUCCUUUCCGUCAUCUUACUAGACUCAUCGAUAGAGGGUCUGGAAACGGUAAUCCCAGUAAAUCGAUAAUCGAUCGAUUUCCUGUUCCGUCUGAAAACGCAAAACCACUGACCUAA